AUGCGGUCUGCCAAAGUCGUCGUUUCUGAGAAACUUGCGCGCCUUGGAGCUUCCAACAUGUCCCACAGUACCGCCAACGGAAUGCACGCCAACAACAGGCCGCACACUAUUACCUCUCUGCGUCGGUGGUCUAUUGUGAACAAGGAACUCCCAGGUAAAAACAUUAGCCUGAUCAAUCUACCAUAUGACAUACUGACAAUCGCGAUUAUCGCUACAGCCAUGCGCAAGAUUCGCGCAAUUCACGUUUACGACUUCGACAACACCCUGUUCAUAAGUCCGUUGCCAAACCCACAAAUCUGGCAUGGAUCAUCCAUCGGAUUCCUACAAUCUGUCGACCACUUCGCCAAUGGAGGAUGGUGGCAUGACCCAAACAUCCUCGGUGCGACAGGAAAGGGCAUGGAGAUCGAAGAGCCUCGCGCAUGGGAAGGAUGGUGGAACGAGCAAAUUCUUCGUCUGGUACGCAUGAGUAUGGAACAAAAAGAUGCCCUCACAGUACUGUUGACCGGCCGCAGUGAGGCUGGCUUUGCCGGCAUUAUCAAGCGGAUGGUUGCAAGUCAGAAGCUCGAAUUUGAUCUCAUCGGUCUCAAGCCGGAGGUUGGUCCGCAUGGACAGCGGUUUUCGUCUACCAUGGAGUUCAAGCAGGCAUUUCUUGAAGAUCUUGUCCUCACUUACGAGCAGGCUGAAGAGAUUCGCGUCUAUGAAGACCGUGUCAAGCAUGUGAAAUCCUUCCGAGACUACUUCGAGGAGAUGAACAAAAAGCUCCAAAUCGGGGCUCUUUCCACCACCACACGUGUUCCUGUCCUUGCUGAAGUCAUCCAGGUGACUGAAGGCUGCACAUACCUCGAUCCCGUAAUCGAAACAGCUGAGGUGCAGCGCAUGAUUAACUCUCAUAACCUUGCCUUGCGUGAUCCAUCUCUAUCCACGAAAAACAUCCGCAAUGGGCGUCUAAGUAUCAAACGGGUUGUCUUCUACACUGGCUAUCUUCUUUCCCAAGAAGACUCAAACAGCAUGACAGAGAACUUGCUGGUUUCGGCGUUACCCCCCGGGCUUGCUGACUCAAAUGACCUCAAGUACAUGGCUAACAGCAUUCUUAUCACCCCACGCCCAGCUCCUCGCUCCAUCCUGGACAAGGUUGGAGGCAUGGGCAAGAAGAUCAAGUGGAAGGUUACCGGUACUGGCACCUUCGAAAACAAGAUCUGGGCUGCCCGCGUGGCGCCUGUGUCCGCGACAGAGCCGUGGUAUUCUGAUAACCCACUGCCACUUGUAGUCCUGGCUGUGCGCAAAGGUUCUCGCCUCGUUGACGCAGGAAGAAUUCAGAAUUGGCACCCUGCUCCGGCCGAUAAGGCCAUUACAUUUGACACUGUUGUCGGAGAAAAGGUUGUCUUGAAAAUCGAGGCCCAAGAUCAAUACAGAAUGAAUAGAAGCCACAAGCGACGCUUCCAAGAUCACGAUGACACUUCCGUGGCUCACACAUCUCAUCAUGCUAGCUACGACGGGGCAUCAUCUUAUGCCCGUGGUGGUCACAGCUCCCACCAGCGUGGCGGAGGCCAUCACUUUGACGAAAGUGCUCGACGUGGGGCCUCUCGCAGCCGUGCCCGAGGUAACGCACGUGGACGUGCUAACAGAGGUAACCGUGGACGAGGUCGUGGCCGAGGUGACCAUGCAGCAUACCACUACAGGUCGCUGGAUGAUUAUGGCGGUGCCUCCCAUGGCGACGGAGGUCAUGGUGGUGGUGACGGACGAGGAGGAUAUGCCAUGGACUACUGA